AUGUUCACGAUCACGGUCCGCGCAGGCCCCGGGCGCCUCGCUGCUAAGGCGCCGCAGCUCGCUCGCGCAUUCCAUCAAUCGGCUCCGAAGAACAGCUUUUUUACCUCAAGGACAGCAGCGCUUACGCUCCGUUCCAACACAAAAUCCUCCAGCAACAUUCUCACCAAGCUGCAGGGCGCCUCCCGCGGCUACCGCACACAAUAUGAGACCUACGUCGACCCAGCGGCGCGCCGCAAGGAGCUCUAUCGCAAGCUGAUGAUCGGCGGCGCCAUCUUCGGCGGCACUCUCGUUGGGGUCAACGCCAUGUUCAACCGCGAAACGAGAGAUGAUGGUGGGAUGCCGCCCUUCGAGAGGUCGUACCUCAACCGCACCUUCAUGCACACCGGUCUCGGCAUCGGUAUCAUCGGCCUGACGGCCUACCAAAUGGUCCAGAGCGGUUUCGUAUAUCGUAUCAUGGUCACCAACCCGUGGGUGGUCGGCAUCGGCGGUAUUGCGCUCAGCAUUGGUAGUAUGAUGGCCACGCGCGCAAUUGACCCUGACAAUUACAUCCCCAAGUACGCCUGCUGGGCAGUCUUCAACGCCACCCAGGCUGCUCUGGUAGCGCCGCUUAUGACCAUGGCGCCGCCCGCCCUCCUCGCCCGCGCCGGCCUGUACACCCUCGCCAUGAUGGGCAGCAUCUCGAUCGUGGGCGCCACCGCCAAGCAGGACAAGUACAUGUACAUUGGCGGCCCGCUCCUUGCCGGCGCAGCCAUCGUGGCCGUGUCGGGCUUCGCGCCGCUGGUUCUCCCCGCGACGGCCGUGCGCACGCUCGCCGUGACCGAGAGCCUCUGGCUGUACGGUGGUCUGGCCGUGUUCGGCGGCUUCACUCUGUAUGACGUGCAGAAGGUGCUCUAUCACGCACGCGCGGCGCAGCGCGGCAUCAUCAAGGAGGACCCCAUCAAUGAGAGCAUCAGCCUUGAGCUCGACUUCCUCAACAUCUUUGUGCGCAUGGUGCAGAUCCUGAUGAUGCAGAACCGGAGGAAGUAA